UGUCCUGGUGGUUGUUGUUAUGAUUGUUUUUUUCGAUGUAAUUUUCAAUGGUAAAACAAAACCGAAAACAAAAAUUUAAUGAAAAAAUGUUUCGGUCAUUGAAAAUAGCCAUGAUGAUGAUGAUGAUGAUGAUUGUUGUUGUUGUUGUAGUACAUGGCGAUGAUUGUGUUGUUGACAAGACAAAACUGUUUCAAUAUCGUUGGCAUGUAUCAUUACAAUAUUAUGAUCAAGAAACUGGCCAUUUAUAUCAUAUAUGUGAUGGUGCAAUUGUUAGUUCCGUCGAUGUAAUAGUGCCAGCUUAUUGUGUUGAUUUGAAUUUAUCAAAUAAUGAAACAGCAAUCGAUACGAAUGAUUUUCGAAUAAAAAUCAUCAACACUUUUAAUCCAAAUGUAAAUCCAAUUUAUACAAUAUCGAAAAUUGAUCUUAAUUUACAUUGGAAUCCGAAAACAUUUGCUUAUAAUUAUGCAGUGAUUGAAAUUGAAAAUGAAGAAUUUAAUCUCGAUUCACCUGGUUGUAAUGAAAGACCAUUUGUACAGAUAAUCAAUACAAAUUUAACCGGAAAAAUCCCCAUUGAAUGGCUGAAUAAUAAAUGGGCAACUUUAUCCACAUGGAAUUGGGAACAUCAAAAUUAUGAAAAACCGAUAUUCAAAUUCGUUUCAAUGAUGAUUGUCAAAAUGCAUUAUCAAAUUCAUAUCGAUCAAUUGAUAUUGAAAGUGGUCAGUUUGUGUGUGCAUAUGAUAUCCAAUUUUCUAUGAAUUAAUGAUUGAUUUUUUUUCUUUCAUCCGCCCGUUUAUUAUUAGAAAUGUGCAUCUUUUUAACGGUGAAGGUAAUAAUAAUAAGUUUUAUUAAAAAAGUUGAAAAAAAGUAAAAAAAAAAAUUUCACUCACCCACAAACUCAGGCCUGUGAUUUAAGCAAUGGAGCACUUUUGCAAUAUUUUUAUCAUGGUGAACCAUAUUUAUUAGGAAUUGCAUCAUUUAUGAUUGAAUCAACCAAGAAUAGUUCAUAUGGUAAAUAUUCAUCAUGACAAAUCAUUCAUCACUAAUAUAAUUUUUCUUGAAAAAAAUUUUCACAGUCAUUUUUGCUAAAUUGUAAUGCAAUGGUUUUGAUCUUGAAAUUUUGCAUUCAUAUAUGAAUUUUUCAUCCUUUUUUUACUUGAUUUAAUGAAAAUGUAAUGAAAUAAAAGAAUGAUGAUGAUUG